AUGGUAACCAAUCGCCGCCGCUACCGCGCGCUCGCACCAACGAGCCGGAGGGCUGAGCCCCCUCCUCUCCCCUCUCGCGUGCGCGAAGAGACACGCGCGAGCGCUCUCUCUCUCUCUCAGGCCGGCCUUUCCAUCCUCCCCCCCCCCCCGCCCCGCGCGUUCUCACCGGGUCGUCAGCCCAGAGUCAGGAGGAUGCGAAACGAACCCCCUCGCCGCCAGCCGCCAGCCGCCGUGUUUCGUAGUUAGGCGUCCCUCCGCAGGUAAGCCAAGUCCAAAGGGGUCCGGGGGGGGGAAUAUUUUUUUAUUUCUCCCCCCUCCCUCUCACUCCCUCGCGAGGCAUGAUGGGAGUUGUAGUCUCGCCUUCGCCUGGUAGCCCCAGGAGACGCGAAGCUGACAAAAGGACUACAAAUCCCAGCGAAGUUCUUGUCUCGGGCUUCGUGCCUCUUCUUUUUUGCCUGUGAGUCUCCCCGCUCCCGCUUCAUUUUGAGGGUCGGCUAGAGGGGGGGGGGGAGAGAAAGGCAGUUAUGUGGAGGGGAAGGUGGUGGGGAAGCGACCGCAAUGUGGGGCGUCGCCCAUAUAACGGUGUCGAGAGGCCCCUCCCCUCCUCUUCUGCCUGUAGGAGGCCUUAAGAUUUCGGGCUCUCAGCCAAGGUUGGGGUGGCAACGUUAGGCGGCUAGAUCAUGAUGCUAUAGGUUUACGCGACAAGGAGGAGCUGGGAAAUUAAUGAGAUAUAUUGCCAUGGCUGCAAAACCAAAAGAGAGAGGAGGCAGUACUUAGGGCUCUGCAGUAAUGUCUCCUGUACAGGUUUCAGUGCAAAGGGCAAUAAAACCAGAUAAUUCCUUGCAGCUUUAAUUGUGGAGAUUGCUCUCCCCCUUCACAAUGUGAUGGGAUGAAUUUAACAUUUCAGGCUUUAUUAUUAAUAAUACAGUGGUACCUCGGGUUACAUACGCUUCAGGUUACAGACUCCGCUAACCCAGAAAUAGUACCUCAGGUUAAGAAUUUUGCUUCAGGAUGAGAACAGAAAUCGCGCGGCGGCAGUGGCGCAGCAGCAGUGGGAGGCCCCAUUAGCUAAAGUGCUUCAGGUUAAGAACAGUUUCAGGUUAAGAACGGACCUCCGGAACGAAUUAAGUAUGUAACCAGAGGUACCAGUGUACUGCCCUAUCUCUGCAGGUCUCAGGGCAGUUCACAAGAUAAAAUUAGAAUAUAAAACCACAAAAUACAUAAUCAAAAUAAAAACAAAAAGAACCCAAUAACAACCCACCCCUGCAACACAUUUUAAAAGGGCAUAGGAUGUCAAACAUGAUGCUAAUCAUGAUGUAGCAAUGGAUUCAUUUUGUAUUUCAGCUUCAUUUCCUUAAAACACUUAAGAUUUUAAUGGCAACAUUUUAGGCAUUUUAAAAGAAAAUCUGUUCAGGUCUGUAUUGGAUGAAGUAUUUUGAAGCAUUAAGUUGGGUGAAAGCUAACUGCAAUCUUACCCUUUUCUAGAGCUGUGCCCUUUCAGAGUUCUUCUGCAGUUACAGUGAUGUGGGUUCUCAGCUGGAUGUGAUGCUUUGCAUGUUUGAAACUGCCACCAUCAGUUGAAUGCCACAGGUAGAACACUUGGAGUCUUUCAAACACAGUACCUUCCGAUAGAGGCAUUUCACAGAAUCAGCCUAAAGUCAUUGUGUGAUGCUCAUGAAGCAGCUAUGAGUGGCAUCCAAGUUAGCAAGGUGUGCUCAGCAUGCUUUCAUGUUCGCUUUAAAAAUAUUAUUAUCUCUGUCUCCAUGGAGGACCCAGAAGACAAGACUGCAUCAAUGGGCUUGAUGUGGCCAAAUAAACAUGCAGAAUCCUGGCAAGACUGAGGUCCUAUGGGCAAAUGGGUAUUGAUUUGAGAAGCUGCAUAGGUAGGCUGUUCAGGAAAGGGUUGCAACCCCCUCCCCCAAAUACGAUUGUGUAGCCUGGGGCUGUUUCUGUACCCAGCAUUGUUACUUGAGGCACAGGUAGCCUCAGUGGCACAGAGUGCCCUUUUCCAGCUCUGGCUGAUUCAUCAGCUCUGACCAUUCCUGGUUGGAGAGAACCAGGCCAGAAUGACACAUCCUCUGUUAAUCUCAUGUUUGGAUUACUGUAAUGCACUGUAUGUAUGGCUGCCCUUAAGAACAACCCAGAAGUCACAGUGGGGAAUGCUGCUGCCAAAAUAUUGUUCAGGGCAGCAUGUAGGGAUAAUUUAAUACCUAACCUGGAAGAUCACUUCCAGCUGCUCUAUAGGUAGUUAAAAAGAGAAAAGGGGCAGAUCUGGGAUUCAGCCUUAGACCCCCCUGAGUCACUCCCUAACAACACCCGUGCUUAUUAGCAUGCCACAGGGUUCUGUCUUGGGCCCGGUCUUAUUCAACAUCUUUAUCAACGACUUGGAUGAUGGACUCAAGGGCAUCCUGAUCAAAUUUGCAGAUGACACCAAACUGGGAGGGGUGGCUAACACCCCAGAGGACAGGAUCACACUUCAAAACGACCUUGACAGAUUAGAGAACUGGGCCAAAACAAACAAGAUGAAUUUUAACAGGGAGAAAUGUAAAGUAUUGCACUUGGGCAAAAAAAUGAGAGGCACAAAUACAAGAUGGGUGACACCUGGCUUGAGAGCAGUACAUGUGAAAAGGAUCUAGGAGUCUUGGUUGACCACAAACUUGACAUGAGCCAACAGUGUGACGCGGCAGCUAAAAAAGCCAAUGCAAUUCUGGGCUGCAUCAAUAGGAGUAUAGCAUCUAGAUGAAGGGAAGUAAUAGUGCCACUGUAUUCUGCUCUGGUCAGACCUCACCUGGAGUACUGUGUCCAGUUCUGGGCACCACAGUUCAAGAAGGACACUGACAAACUGGAACGUGUCCAGAGGAGGGCAACCAAAAUGGUCAAAGGCCUGGAAACGAUGCCUUAUGAGGAACGGCUAAGGGAGCUGGGCAUGUUUAGCCUGGAGAAGAGGAGGUUAAGGGGUGAUAUGAUAGCCAUGUUCAAAUAUAUAAAAGGAUGUCACAUAGAGGAGGGAGAAAGGUUGUUUUCUGCUGCUCCAGAGAAGCGGACACGGAGCAAUGGAUCCAAACUACAAGAAAGAAGAUUCCACCUAAACAUUAGGAAGAACUUCCUGACAGUAAGAGCUGUUUGACAGUGGAAUUUGCUGCCAAGGAGUGUGGUGGAGUCUCCUUCUUUGGAGGUCUUUAAGCAGAGGCUUGACAACCAUAUGUCAGGAGUGCUCUGAUGGUGUUUCCUGCUUGGCAGGGGGUUGGACUCGAUGGCCCUUGUGGUCUCUUCCAACUCUAUGAUUCUAUGAUUCUAUGUGCAUCUGUAUUGUGGAGCAAAGGCAAACUGAAGAAACGGGUCUAGUAGAGCAUAGUAUUUGCUGGAAUGGCAGAAAACAGAGUCUGCAAAAAUGUUGGGACACUCUCUGAAAUGUAAUUAAAUUUGAAACAAACUUGUAUGCAGGUGAUUCAAAAAAGGAAAAGCCUUUCAGAAUGUAUUAGAUCAUUGGUGUCUUCUUUAUAACCCAUAGAGAGAACUUUCUUUCUAAUCUUGGUUAGGGAUCAGCUCAGCUUAUGCUGUUAAGAGUGAAGGUUAAUAUCUUUUGUGACCUCCUUAUCUUAUCUAGUAUAAGAUUUCUAAACCUUGGGCAGGAGCAGCAGCUUUUUGACAUGCAUAUAUGAACUCUCUUAUGCAUGAUACAUAAAUGAAGGAGACUCAAAAGCUACCUGGGAUUUUGUGAUGGACUAAUACAGGAGUCAAAUAAUAAUAAUAAUAAUAAUAAUAAUAAUAAUAAUUUAUUAUUUAUACCCCGCCCAUCUGGCUGGGCCUCCCCAGCCACUCUGGGCGGCUUCCAUAGAAACAAAAAAUACACUAAAAUAUCACACGUUAAAAACUUCCCUCAACAGGGGUGCCUUAAGAUGUCUUCUGAAUGUCAGAUAGUUGUUUAUCGCUUUGACAUCUCGUGGGAGGGCAUUCCACAGGGCGGGCGCCACUACCGAGAAGGCCCUCUGCCUGGUUCCCUGUAGCUUUGCUUCUUGCAAUGAGGGAACUGCCAGAAGCCUCGGCGCUGGACCUCAGCGUCCGGGCAGAACGAUGGGGGUGGAGACGCUCCUCCAGGUAUACUGGGCCGAGGCCGUUUAGGGCUUUAAAGGUCAGCACCAGCACUUUGAAUUGUGCUCGGAAACGUACUGGGAGCCAAUGUAGGUCUUUCAAGACCGGUGUUAUGUGGUCUUGGCGGCCGCCCCCAGUCACCAGUCUUGCUGCCGCAUUCUGGAUUAGUUGUAGUUUCCGAGUCACCUUAUAGGUGACUUAUAGGUCAAAUAGGUGACUUAUAGGUCAAAUUAUAGUUUUUGCAAAUCAUGACAAAACUGUAAAAAGUGGGGGGGGGGGGCAAGCUGUUGGCAUAAAUGUAAGUAGCCAAAAUGCUACAGUUUUAAAGAGCCAGGUUCUUCAGGCAGGAAAAAAACAGGAAAAUGUUUGAAGAAAAAACAUUUUUGAUUAUAUCCUGUGCUGUAUGAGUGACAUUCCACUAAUGCAGUAGGACUUUCCUUUCCUCUUUUCCAUGUGCCCCUCAAAUUGCUCCAGAGGGUCCCCCAACAACAUGAGUUGGGAAAGCAUUGCAAGCAGUGCCCCAAUGGUAUGGGGACUGUUUGCUUUACAUAGCAGAGGUUGUCUUGUGUUCAUUUCAAACUGAAGAACGUUUUAUAGAGCCUUUUUGGAGAUGGACAGCAUUCCUUUUGAGAUUCGUGCUCUUGAUUUGUAAAUACUUAAGACUUAGAAAUGUGUGGGCCUGACUUUUAAGACAGGUUUCCUGUUGUGUUUGUUAUUAGCAGGAUACAGUAAGCCUGCAGCUUAGGCACAUUUUAGUUGUGCACAUUCAGCUUUCCACACAUGACAAUUUUAAAAAAUAAAUAAAAAGAGGCAGAAGGGGGCAGAGUUAUGGAAAAAUGAUUUUGGCAAUCCCAUCUGCCAUUGAACCCAGUGAGUUUUGACCACAUGUGAUUUUGGUUUUAGGCACGAUCCCCAGAACAUAACUUCAAGGUGUGUCCAGAAUACUGUCUAUUCCUGUUGUGUUGGAUGAGUUUCAAUUUGGAAGGCUGAAGGAUGUGGACAAGGUGCUUGGAUCAGUCAGGGCGACCACUUGAGCUCUGGACCCUUGCUAUCUUGACUGAUAAAGGAGGGGACAGUUGGCUGGGCCUGGGAGGUGGUCCCUGCCUGCUUGAAAGAGGCAAUGGUAAAACCACUUCUCAAGAAACCCUCCCUGGAUUUAUUGGUUUGUUUUUGUUUUAUUGGUUUGUUUCUGUUUUAGUAUGUAUUAUGUAUUUUGUGUCCUCAUUUUGCAGUUUUCUGUUGUGAACCUCCCUGUGAUCUUUGGAUGAAGGCCGGUAUACAAAUUUAAUAAACAAAUUGUGUCUUCCUUGUGCCAAAAAUAACUAGGUGACAUCACCUUCUCUUCAACCAUGUUUUCAGAAGUGUCCUGGAGGGCUUUACUGUAUCUCAAGUGCAUUAAUUUGUUUGGGUUGUUGUGUGGAAAGAGGUCAGCUUCAAGUAAUCAGCAGUUCUGUACAUUGAAGCAAAAGAGCAUUGCUUGGCCAGAACCUGCAGUGUAGCCUAUGUUUUGACUGCUUUGCAACUGUCAUUCAGCAAGGCAUCUUUUGUGAGGACUAGAAUGAAUAAAAAACAACAUAGAGCCAGCUUGUUGUGUGGGUUGAUUUUUUUUGAAAGAUCUGAAAAACCUGCUCCUGUAUGGAUGAGCAGAGGGUUGGAGACUAUUUUUAUUGAUGAGAUGCAGUACUUUUGUAGCAGAAACCCAUAUCCUUGCCAUUAUUGGGCCUCACAUGCAUGAAUACUGCUGUUGGGUCUUCAUUGUGUAAAACAUUGCUCUAUGUAUUUUGGUCUUAUUCACAAAUGACAUCUUUUCAGUGAAUUUAUUUUUAAAGGUAAUAUGUGAAUUAUGGCUGGGAAUAAGUGUACCACAAGAUGUAUAUAUCAGAGAGCUUGAAUAAGAUAAGAUUUCUGGUGGUGGUUGGAGGCUCCAUAGUUAGCAAACCAGCAAUAAAUUGUGCAGAACAGUAAAAGUUGAGAUUAUAGGCCUAAAUUGCAGUUUUUUAGAUUUGUUGUUUUUCACACACAGAAGAAUGUCCCAAAGUGACUUACAGCAUAAAAUACAUUAAAACUGUAAAAAAAAGAAAGAAAAGAAAGAAAAAAGCAGAUAAUUGUGUUCAUCCAAGAGUCCUCAUAGAAGGACAAAUUCUACCCACCUCACUAAAGGAUGAACACUGAAAAAGCCAAAAAACAACUCACUACCCUCCCAGUUAAUGAGGUCUGGUUUAAGCCUUGCACCUAGCACAAACACUGAUGGCACUGGGCAUAAGUCCCUUGGGAGAGUUUGCUGCAAACAGGGAGAUACCACUGAGAAGGCUUGCUUACAUAUUGUGGAUCUCUGCAUGUUUGAGAAAGCAUGUUGAGAAGAGCUACCAAGGCCUAGAUAGGUUCAGAUGAGGAGCGGUAUUGGAGUCCUGAGCCAUAUAGAGCUUUUAAAGGUCAAAACAGGACUUUGAACUGAGCUUAAGAACUGAUCAAUGGCCACUGCAGUUGUGCAAGAAUUGGACUCCUGACCUCCGCAAUCUUGCUACUGAAGUCUGUUCUAGCUGAAGUUUCUGAGCCAUCUUCAAAGGCAGACCCAUCCAUGUAUACAUUGGUACCUCGGUUUACGAACUUAAUCUGUUCUGGAAGUCCAUUCUUAAAUCAAAGCUCUUCUUAAACUGAAGCAUGCUUUCCCUAAUGAGGCCUCCCGCCACCGGUGCCCUUCCACUGUUUGUGUUCCAUUCUUAGACCAAGGUAAAGUUCUCAAACCGGGACACUAUUUCUGGUUUUGCGGAGUUUGUAAACUGAAUUGUUCUUAAACUGGACUGUUCUUAAACCGAGGUACCACUGUAAUGUGUUUCUGUAAUCUAACACUGAAGCUACCACAGCAUAGACAAGAGAAGUUCUGUUAUCUCUGUCUAUACAGUGGUACCUCUGGAUGCGAACGGGAUCUGUUCCGGAGCCCUGUUCACAUCCUGAAACGAACACAAUGUGCGCAUGCGCGGAUCGCGAUUCGCCGCUUCCACGCAUGUGCGUGACAUCAUUUUGAGUGUCUGCGCAAGUGGCGAAACCCGGAAGUAAUGCGCUCCGUUACUUCCGGGUCGCCGCGGAGCGCAACCCGAAAAUGCUUAACCUGAAGCUACUUCAACCCGAGGUGUGAUUGUAUAGGGUCAUAGGUGUUGGAAGACACACUAUGCUACAAAGGUUGUAUGUGCCUUGAUCAACAGUACAUAAUGGAUUCACAAGUACCCCCAAGCUAUGCACCAGUUCCUUCAGGGGGGGUUUAGCAGUAUUCAGAGCAGACUGAGCCCCACUCAUCUGGUCUAACAACACCUCCGUUUUUUUGGUCUCAUCCAGUCCAUGAGAAUAACCUCAGGUUACUACUUAAUGAUUUGUUAGACAGCAUGUAAUUAUUUUAUUUUUAUGUUUCCAUGCUGCGUUAUAGGUUUCUCGAAGAAAAUGAAUUUGGCCGAGAUCUGUGAUAAUGCUAAAAAAGGAAGGGAAUAUGCACUUCUCGGAAACUAUGACUCCUCCAUGGUUUAUUACCAGGGUGUCAUCCAGCAAAUUCAAAGACACUGUCAAUCCAUCAGAGACCCAGCACUGAAGGGCAAAUGGCAGCAGGUAUGAAAAAACAAUACUUGCAUGACUAGAUAUUUUAUUUAUUGGGAAAUACAUACGCUGCUGUUGGUGGCUCAUGUGAUGGCCGGAAAUAGAACAAAAAGAUUGAAAACUUUAAAAUAAACAAUACAAAACUUCAUAGCAUCAACAAAUUAGGAGGGGUCAGGCUGCAACAUCUGUGGAAUGCCCUUCGCUAUCAGUCACAUUAAAGUCCCCACCUUAACAAAUGAUUUUACUCUUUUCCUAAGAUCCAUUAGUUGAUCUGGCUAGGUUAGCCACACCUAGUAAUUGGACCACAAGAAAAUGGGAAUAUCUUUCAGCAGUUUUUAAACAUAUUGACGGUCAUGUAUGAAUUCUGCUAAAUUGAAGUUCAUAAACAUUUAGUUGACAUUUGCAGAUUAGGGUUUUUUUCCCCUUAAACAAUGGUGUUUAUAUCUAAUGGCGUCUGUUUUCUUUUUAUUAAUAUUAUUUUAUUCAGCCUCUUCUCUUUCUGAAUGCAUAUUCAUCAUUGUAUUCCAAAGAAACACCCCUGUUCACAAGCAUAGUUAACUCUUCCUACUUCCUCUGCUGCCCCCACUUUCCCUUUCCCAUCCUUCUCCCCCUAACCCCCUAACCCUCUUGUCUUGUUUUGAUCCCUCGUUAGUAAAGAUAGUGUAGGUGCUAUUCUUCUUCUUCUUGUAUCACUUAAUGUGCAGGAAGCUUAGAUAAGCCUGAUUUGCUAGAAGCAUUAACUUAGUCUGGACACUAUACAGUGCCAUCAAAAAUUUUGUGGCAUAUGUUUUGUGUUGAUGUCAGAGAUGUUUAAUUUUCUACAAUUACUUUUUGGUCGGUGUCAGAUAAUUCAAAUUAAGAACAAAGCAAAUAAGAGCCAUUGAACUUGGUGAGACUAUGUAUGAGGAAACAUAUUUAGAGUUGGGCUACAAGUCACAUCUUCAACCACAAUUCUGUUAGAGAAUAUUGCUUUCUUGGAGGGGGGCAGAAUUGCACCCUUGUGUAUGAUGUGCUAAACUAGAACAAGGAUAAUUUCAUUGUUACUGUGUCUUUUUAUUUAAACUGGCAUUUUACAUGAAUCCUCUUUUCAUACAAUAAAAAAAACUUAGCAGGAUUUCAUCUCACUAUUUCAAAAUAGAUUUUUGUUUUGACUCACGUAGCCUUCAUAUUUGUUGGGUCCAUUAUGACAGUUGCUCAUUGCCUUGUCAUUAAUAAGAGCAUUAAUUUCUUCUACAUGUUGUCAUGAUUCUGUGACUGCAAAUUACAAUUUGCACUUUUAAUUUAGGGGUGCAUUCACAAAUGCCAUCUUGCUGUACAUGCAAGCAGUCCUAAUCUUCUGUAUACAUACAUAUGGACAAAUGUAACUUGUAAGGCAUGCAAUCAUGGAUACAGUCAGCAGCAAUGGCCAUCAGCACUUUCCAGGGGCACUGAUGAUGGGCAUUGCUGCCUGCUGGGUCCAUUAAUGCCUACUUUUCGUGUUACUUUGGCCCUACAAAUGUGUAGUCAUGAAAGUAUCUGUUAAGUGUCCUUGAUAAAAUCAGAGCUUGAAAAAUAAUAUCUCUCUGAUACAGCAGGUUAAUUCUCCCUGCCAAAACUAGAAACUCCAGUGAUUUCAGUGGGUCUAUACUGAAUGUCACUUCCUUGGAUAUUGCCCAAUGCCAUUACACCUGUUUAAAGAUUUUUGUGGUGUGAGACAUUGAAGUCUUUCUUAUUUGUUAAACUCAUGGAAUCAUACUGUUGGCUUUCUGUGUGUGGUGCUUUGAUUUUGUUUGAGGUGUGUGUGGAAUUGAGUGUUUCAAAGGCCACACAUCCUUUGAUCGCAACAGGAGCGGAAAUAGGCCAUAUGUUUGCUGUUGAUAGAUAUAAGAGCAAAUUCAUUGGAGGUUUCCGGUGCACUGUCUGUUCCAUCUGUACUGGAUCAGUUUUGAUUACUGUGUCCUGAGGUUGUAGACAAGCUGCUUGAAGAAGUGUGUCCGACCACCUGCCCUCUUAAUACUUUUCCAUCUUGGCUUCUUAAAGCUAGUGUUAGGCUAUUGAUUGGGUGGCUUCAGGAAGUGAUCAGUGGUUCACUGGAGAAAUACCCAGCGACUCAUAUCCUCUUUUCAGGCAAGGUGCUCCAGAGGGUGGCAGCGGUCCAGCUUCAGGCAUGCUUGGAUUGAGACUGAAUAUCUGGAUCCAUUUCAGUCUGGCUUUAGGCCUGGUCAUGGCACUGAAAGAGCCUUGGUUGCCCUGACAUUUGUCAGGAAAGAGAUGGGGGGAGUGUGACUCUGUUCAUUCUUUUUAACCUAUUGGUGGCUUUCCAAAACCAUUGACCAUGCAUUCUAUCUUUCUGGAGCAGCUCAGGGAGGUGGGGUUGGGGAAACUCUAUAGUUCAAUGGUUCUCUUCCUACCUUCAGGGCUAUUUCCAGAAAGUAGUUUUGGGAGGCUACUGGGAAGCCAUGGGAGCCUUCCUGUGGUGUUCCCCAUGCUAUUUGAAAUCUAUAUGAAAUGACUGGGAGGUGCCAUCAGGAGUUUUGCUGAUGAAGGGCAGGUAAUAAAUUUAAUGGUGUUAUCAUAAACACAUUUUUAAAAUAAUAAAUGAUACGAUCUCAUACAGAAAAUUGGGCAAAUAGGUGUUGGAGAGAUAGACUGCAGUCUGCCUACUGUCAGCUGUGCAGUAUAUCAUUCCUGCCUUAUCCUGAUGAUGAGCUUAAUUCUUUUCUAACUUAACUAGGAAUGCUUUAGUCAGUGUAAUAAACUCUGCUUAUUUUCAAGGUUCGGCAAGAACUAUUGGAAGAAUAUGAACAAGUAAAGAGCAUUGUCAACACUUUAGAGAGUUUUAAAAUAGACAAACCUACAGAUAUUCCUAUAUCUUAUCAAGAUGAAAAUUUUAGGGAUCCAACUGUUUGGCCACCUCCUGUUCCAGCUGAGCACAGGUAAUUGGGUUUAAAAUAAGUUUGCAGUUUUUAUUGGUGGAUUAAUUACCUGUACUUAAUAUUUGAGAGUGUAUGUCAUAUAGUGACUAAGAAAUUAGGUUUAUUUCAAACCUUGUAUUACUUCUUUCCCUGUUCUGGCUUCUUUAGACUGUUUUCUGGUAGGGGCUUCAGCUUUACGUGUUGCUGGAUCGGUUCAGAAAACACAGCAAACAGCAGUGGCCUGUUAAACCAUUGUUCAUAACCCUAAGUAUGGUUUGAGCAUAUAAACAUAGAGAAAAACUAUGAUUUACAGUGAGCCCUGCUUUGGGUAGGGAUUGGCUGUGCUUCAGAGUUCCCACUUGGGAACUCCAUAGUGUAGCCAGUCCCACUGUGGCAUGUUGUCAGUGCUGAUCAGCUAAUUGGGGCUGACAGCAAGGCUUGCUUGCCAAGUAACAAUUGGGAAUGUACUUUAAGGCUCACAGUUUUUCCUUUGCAGCCAUACCUCUACUUUUCCCAUGCCCGACAACAAAAUUGGGACCCGUGUUGAGUCUAAUUUGGCUUCCGGGGCAGAAAUACAACCAUUAUGAUUUUCAUAGCUGUAGAAGGGAUGACAAGGUACUUUAAUUCUACUCUCUGCCCCAAAGCAUGGCCACCCACCCACUGGCUUCUCACAGAUCAACUUGCAUGAUCUGAACAUCAGGUUUUCCCCACCGAAUUGGGUAGCAAAACACAGUAGUAAAGCAUUUUGUUUCUCUCCAAUGUUAGCUGCAUCAUAUUUCCUUUGCUUGACAGAGCCCCACCUCAAAUAAAAAGACCCAAUCGAGAAGUGAAACCUCUGAGGAGAGAAUCGCCAGGAUUGCAGCGUGGACCUGUGGGCAGAGCUCAACCAAUCUCAAAAAAUGAAAAACCUGCCAGCAGCCGAGAAAGGGAAUCUAGAGCAAAAGGAAAAGAUGAAAAGGUAAGAAUUUAGGGGGCAGCUGGCAGGUACCUUUCUUUUGUGGAAAAAAAUGUAUAUUUUCUUUUGGCAAGAAAGCAUGAAUGUGUAAUGAAUGCAUACUUACAAAAAUAUAAUUUCCCUCCCAAUAUUUACAACUGGUUCAGAUAUUAAGAGAGAGAAAGGAACAGACUGUGAGAGUUACCAUCUCCUUUGAACAGCUGAUACAAGAUACAAUUUUUAAAUCGAUGAAAUUUGGAAUGUUGAAAAGUUUGGUAUUAUAUUCUUUGCUUCCCAAGCCAAAAUAUGUCUGAAAGACUGAACUCCUCCCAAAAAAGAAGAGCAGAAGAUAUGAACAGUGAAUCUGUUUUGCUGUGUCAACACAAAAGAACUGCAUUUAAAAAAUUACAGUACUUUGAAACUAUUAAGUUGUAUAAUACAAAUGUAGUCCAUGGAGGGAGCGUAUUCUCAGAUAGCAGUUCUCUGCAUCUCUUACGUUUUGUCCUUGAGUUCAUUAUUACCUUGACAUUAAUCUAAUUUUGGGUUGGGCAGGAAAUACUGAUAAAAGCUACAGCUUUUUAAAACUACUGGGUACAAGCAGAGGAUUUUAAUACCAACUGUGCAUAAAAUUGGAAGUUUUGCUCUGCACCAACAGUGGCAAAUGAAAGCCUGACAGAUUUUUAUUUUGGAAAGACUUUAAAGAUAAAGUGAAAUCGGCUCAAGGAAGGAAAAGCAAUAAUGAUUUUCUUCAAUUGUAAUGAAUGUAAGGUAAUUAUAAAGAGGCAGGGUUUUUAGGCUAUCUAAAUACAGAACAAUAUUUUUGUAUUAGCAAACUGUUUUACUUUGGUACAUCCUUUAUAGGUUGAGGGAAAUGCCUUUUGUUCAUAUGAUUAGGAGAUUGUAUCUCUGCCACAGUCUCAGGUUUGUAAAAAUUCUAUGGUAGAUAGCUUUACUUUGUAAAGUAUUGUUCUUUGUGACAAUUUGAUUUAGCAUCUGGAAUUUAGAUUCACAUUUUAGCUUACAGGGUGUGUAAAGGAAUGCACACAAUGUUCUCUGUACUAAGAUUUUUGAUAAUAUCUUUGCGGUCAGCUUGCAGAAGUAGGAAGUGCCUGUCUCUAUUUCUGCUUUUAUGCCAAUGAUGGCAGUGUUCUUUAUUGUUGUUGUCAUUAGCUGUUUUUCCAAAACUUAUAUAAAUAGUAGGAAAUGGUUUCCCCACAGAUCUAAUUCCAGUGUGAUGUUAUAGAAGGUAGAGGAUCAGAGUUGCAGUAGGGCAAUAUGAGUUUCAAUUCAUUAUCAUCCAUGGAGUUAAUUGCAGGACUUUGGGCUAGCAAUCUGUCCCUUAGGAUUGCUAUGAGGAUAAAAUUGGCUAGCCCCAGGAAUGUCAUUCUGGGCUCAUUGAAGGUGGAGAAGUAUACAAAUGGAAUAGAAUAAAUGGUGUAGUUAAUCAUACAUGAUGUGUGCGUGCUUUUGCUUAAAUGGAAGUGACCUCUGUAUAGGAAGACGGUGUAUGAAGCAGCCAUUAAUAGCAGUGUGAGAGAUUCUUAUGCUGAAUGGAUCAACAGUGCCAAGGUGAAAUUAAAGGUUAUGGUUAGAAUGGAAAAAGACAUGGUAAAAUGAAAAUGCUUCAUGAAAGUUAAAUGCAUACCUGUCAUUUGCAUAUAUGGAAGAUGACACUCGUCAUAAAACCUUUAUAUUCUACUAGGGGAGAGCUAGGGCAAAGAGGGGAGGAAGAUUUCCUUUUUCUUUUUGUCCACCCUCUCCACAUGUUCAUGCACACCCAUUUUCUCUUUCAUACACCUACAUUCUCUUAUAAGAAUGCAGAUACAUAUCCUCUUUCUCUCUUAAUUUGCAUACAUGGAAGUAUACACACAUGCCUUUGUUCUUUCUCAACCCCCCCCAUGCAUUAUUUCCCCAUUCAUCUUCCUUGCUGCCGCUUUCCCACUCAUUCUUCUUCUUCCUCCCUCUGCUCUCCCCGCAGUGUCUCCUAUUCCUACUACUUAUCAGUGGCUGCCAGCAAGAUUUGCUGGAUUCUCUGGAUCCAGGGAGGCUCCUUGCCACAUCCCGAGUGCUCUUGGACAGGAUAACUAGAUAGGACAGAGAGACCCUUUGCCUGCAGUGUUUCUCAAACUCGGGUCCCCAGCUGUUGUUUGACUACAACUCCUAUCAUCCCUGACCACUGGUCCUCCUAGCUAGGGAUGAUGGGAGUUAUAGUCCAACAGCAGCUGGGGACCCAAGUUUGGGAAACAUUGGUAGAUGCCUUGGGGCAAAGGGAUCCUGCAGCUGAGGGCUCUUAGAGUUAACCCAUCAGUGUUCACUUUGCGUGAGAUAAGAAAAGCCUUCUCCCUUUGGGUGUAGGUCUAGCUCAGGCAUCCCCAAGCUCGGCCCUCCAGAUGUUUUGGGACUACAACUCCCAUCAUCCCUGACCACUGGUCCUGUUAGCUAGGGAUGAUGGGAGUUGUAGUCCCAAAACAUCUGGAGGGCCGAGUUUGGGGGUGCCUGGUCUAGCUGUAGUCAGGUGUGGGUCUUGAUUUUUAAAGCAACAGGAAUGUGUUUUCCAGUAGCCCAUCCUCAAUAUGUUUUUUGUCCUCAGCCAAACUGUUAAUUUCUCAGUCUAGUUGCUUUCAGACAGUUUGAAGUCAUGUUGUUCCCUCCCUCUUUCCGCUGGGAAGUGUGGUCCCCAAGCUGAGGGUAGGGCCAGAAUGAACAGCACUUUUCUUCCACUUCCCAGUAAGCAUCUGGCUGGUUCCAGUUGUCAGAAGACCUUUGAGUGUGCCUUCCCUAGUCAGAGCAAUUUAUCUGACAUCACAUUGAUGUCAUGUAGGAGUUGUUUGCAGAAUAUCUAGGGGCGGGGCCUAAUAUCACCGCAACGUGUAAUGCACCAGGAUUAUAUAUCGCCCUCCAAGCACUGCUUGUAACCAGCACAAAACGAUGAAUUCUGGGGGGUCUGGUGAGAUGCAUUACAGAACUUGUACAUGGGUUAAACCUCCACUGAUAUGCAGCUAUUGCUGGGAAUAGUAAUCCUAAAGCAGUGGCAUUGUGCAAAGGACCCUUUAUUGUACAAAGCAGUUCUGCUUACCUCUCAGCCGGGGAUUUUUAAUGCAAAGAAUCUGGUCACUAGGUGGCAGAAAGGAAAUAGUUUAUACUUUAUAUUGCAAAAUGGAGCACAAAAUGUGAAGAUGCAUAGCCUGGGCAGCUGCAUGAAGAAGUACUGUUGUGGGUUACUGUACUACUGUAUAUUGUUUCCCGCCUGCUGAGCUGCUGUAGGGCACAGAUGAUCGGUGGGCUUUGUGCAAAGGAGCCAGCACCCAGAGGACAAAGCUGUUGGCAGCCUUGCACAAGUUGAACGGUCUUCUUUCCUUCUGAGAUUCUGUACCCUUUGGCUACAAUCUUCUGAUUUAAAUGAAAUUUUCAAUGUUGCUUUUCUGUGCAAAAGGAAAGGUUAGUUAGAGAUUUAUGAAUAGCUCUGCUUACUCUUUUUUAAAAAGUGGGCUUGGGAAGGAACCAGGCAGGAGUAUUCUGCUUCCAAAGGGACUUGGGAAGAAAUCGCUACAAAGGGAACCCCAUAAAUUACCACUUCCGUACCGUCCUAUUCCUCUGCCAUCUUGCUUACCUGUGCCACCCAAUUCCCCUGCUGCAUCUGUUCUCUUUCUCAUUAGCAGCUUAUCCCAAGCAGCUAAUGACACUUUCUGAUUUGAUUUGAAGUAUGUAGAGAACAAAUUGUUUCUUAAUUCUGUCUAGCUUGGCUAAAAACAACCAACCUGCAGACGUUUUUCUGCAUCGCUGGGUACUGUAAACUUGCAAGGCAGCUAAAAGGUUCUUUCUGAACUAUUUGUAGUGCAGUAUGGAGCUGCUGCUGUCUCAUUAACUUCAUAAACCUAAAGUAUUUAUAGGAACACUGAACUGUGUUGGUUUAAAAACAAAAUGAAGAGAUCGUUGGCAUGUAGGGAUGAGGAUGAAAUUUGAUUCAGUUCAUAUUUAAAGGUGGAUUUAUCUGAUUUGCACAUUUGAAAAUCAAAAUGCAAAAACUGAAGCAUAGCUACCCUAGAUGGAACUGAGCUCAGAAUCUCAUUCCUCCCUGAAAACAGCACCCUCAAAAUCCUUUCCAACUUGCAUCACCGCUGCCAGUUCUAGGACUUCCCUGGAAAUCCUAAGUUGUUUUCAAGAACCUUUUAAUUUGCCCCUUGCUUUUAAUUAAAUGCAACCUUUCCCUAUUUUCAGUGUUCAUAAUUCCCUUUGAAACAAAACAGUGGAAGCAGGGGACAUAGUGCUAGCAAUUCUCAGUUAGUGAUCCCAAUUCCCCCCACAAUGUAUAUUGAUCUGAUGUACCUGCUUUUAACUCUCCCCCCCCCUUGGCAUUUUCUUGAAAUGUGCUUGUGCUCCCCCUCCCCCUCUGUGUGUGUGUGUGUUGGGGGGGCUUUUUUUAGUCUGUUGCUUUCAUGUCUUGUUGAGGUAUGAUGAUGAAGGGAGUAUGGCACCGAGAACAGCUCAAAAGAAGAAAAAGAAACGUAGCUGUAGAAUUCUUUUAACUUUCAGUUGAUUAGCUUUCAACAUCUUGAUCUAGGGAAAGAAGAUCCCCCAGGAUGGUGCCGGUGAUGGUGAAAUUCAGAAGUUUGAUGGAGCAGGAUAUGACAAAGAUCUGGUUGAAGCUCUCGAAAGAGACAUCGUGUCAAGGAAUCUAAGUAUUCAUUGGUACAGUGCUUACUUUGUAAAGUGAGAAAUGCUAGAAUUCUUAUCUGCCCAAGAAACCAGAUACCUUCAUCCUGAGGUGGUGGUUACUGCAUAGUAAGUAAAACUCAAGGGAAAAACAGGAAAAGUGGCUUGUGGCCCCUUAAAAACCAGCACAAGCUGUGGUGGACUAGAGCUUAGUUGCAAAAACAGAAUGCACAGCUGCCUUUCUGCAACUUGUAUUGUGAGUGCAUUUUCUUCCUACACUACAGCCAUUCUCUACACAUUGAGUGCUCUGGAUAUAUUCAAAGGCAUGUUCCUGCCCCAAAAGUACAAGGCAAAAACUGAUUUCAUAGUUAUGAUCCCCAAUAUUCAGAAUUAAGUUCCAGUGAGCCAAGGCUCAAACUAAGCUCAAAUUGGCAUCAAGUCUGGUUCACAUGACAUGGUAAUCCAAGCUUUGUCUGGCUGUUGGAAAGCAGCUCACAGGUGAUUUUUGCCUCCUUGGUCUUUUUUGCUUCCAUUUGGCUUGUGGUUAGUAAGAAGAGAGCUUACCCCAUGAACCUAGGCUUAGCUCAGCAUAGUGUGUGGCUGCAAGAGUAAAGAAGAUGAGGGACUGCAAAGACAAUUUCUGAAGUCUCCCUUUCCCCACCUAUGGCCAUAUAGCCAGUAAUGGACAGGGCAUGUAAUCCACCUAGAAACAGAGGAUCCAAAGUUCUCAGCUAACUUUAACUGAGGUCCUGCAUGAUGCUGUCUUACCCAGCCCAAAUAGUGUGGGCCUUACAGUUUCUUUUAGGAUCCUACCUCCUGAAAGGUGUUCAGUGAUAUUCCUUGCUGUUAGGGCUCUCUGAACUUGUUCAACUUCACACCCCAUCCCUUCCCCCUCCCAAAAGAGCAGUACUAGCCUAAUCCUCUCCAACCUGCAGGACUGUUGGCAGCCUCCCUUUUUUGCUGGGUCCAGGCUACCAUUUCAGCCUGAGAUUGAACUAAAGGAGAGUGUUGGAAGUCUAAAAUAUUUGGGGCAUCUGGUACAGUUGUCUCAGUCACUCAGUGGAUCUCAUAUAUUUCAUAGACUCAUAGAGUCAUGUGUCAUGAUUUAGACAGUGGAUAUUUCUCCUUUAUUGGGACCACCUGGUCCACUAUUGUAAGUAGACAUGUAACUAGCCUCUUCAGACUUGACAGCCUCACCUCCCACCUGGUUGAAGUGGUUCAUUUGUGUUUCUGUUUUAUUAAGAGAGCUUCUUUUGCUAAUGGUGUACUGUUCAGGACAUAAAGCAAGAUUUUCAUUCUUAGAACCAUGAGCAAAAGCUUCAUUACAGGCACUCACUAAAAUGCCCUUGAGCAUUUUCUCACAUUUAAAAAUGUUUCCUUGGUGAUCAUGCUUUCAGGGAGCCUUUAUUAUUACUAUUCUUAUUAUUCAACAUCUUGUGGCAGGGUUAGUUGAAAGUCAUUCUCCCCCACCCAUGUCUUUCAUGUAGAAAGCCAUUUUCAGGAGGCUGGCUUUUACUAGCAUCCUGCUUAAGAAAACACUGUUACUUAUUUUAAAAUAAAUGAAAGAUGUUAGUUUUUUUGAAGCAGAAUAUAUUGUGCAUGAAUCUUCUAAUCUCGGUUGAUCUUUCACAGGGAUGAUAUAGCAGACUUGGAAGAAGCCAAAAAAUUAUUAAGGGAAGCAGUUGUUCUUCCAAUGUGGAUGCCGGAUUUUUUCAAGGGGAUCAGGCGACCUUGGAAGGUGAGAACCAUCAAACUAUUGUAAUCAUGUCUGUGCAGUUGUAAGUACAAAAGAUGUGUAUAUGCAUAAUACUGCAUUGUGUAUUUAGACGUUUCCUCCUAUAAUUGGCUGCCCAAAAUUGCAGGGCUGCAUGUUAAGUUUGAUCAUUUGUAUUGGUUUACAAACAGUUAAUCUGGUUAUUGGGUGUGUUUUGAGAUGAUGCUGUUGUCACUGGCAGAUGACCUCAUUUUAUUUGGGAGUCACAACUGUGGACGCAGUUGAAACUUUGGGGAUAUUUGAGGCUUAGUUCUUUUUAUGUGGAUCAGGUUCAGUCACUCCAUUCUUUUAGAUGAUGGGUCAAGAUGCAUCUGUCCCUGCCAAGCUUUUGGAGAAGGGUGGGGUGUUUUGGAUGGAUUUGUUUAUUUAUUUAACUUUUUGGUCACUUGUUACCCGAAGGUCUCAAAGAGAAUUACAAUAAAGAAAAAAUAUAUACAAAUACAUAGUAACAAAGGGAAAAGGAGAGACUUUGAGACAUAUUCCCCCAUUGUACCAUUUUAUGUGUUGCUUUUUAUGUUGUUGUCAUUUUAAUUAGGGUUGUACUUGUUUAAUUUCUGUGUGCUGCUCUGUGACCAUAAGGCAAGGGUGGUAUAUAAAUAUUCCUGGAUUUCUGCUGAUCUCAUUUUCAAUUUGGAUAUUAAGAUAUAGCUUAUUGUUUUGAUCAACAAUCACACAUUAGAAACCAAUGUGCAAAUUGCAGCCUGUAGAUCCUGAUAGACCUUUCUUCUGCCAUGUAUAUCAUGAUCAAAGGACCUAACAGGUGUUUGGGAAACUGAAAAGUGCAGAAUGUUUGCUAAGCAAUAAAUACAGAUGCUGGGGAAAAUAUGGAAUGAUGCGCUCUCGCUCUCUCCAUACAUACAUACAUGAAUACUUUUGUUUCUAUGCCACCUUUCCACAGUUCAAACCAUGCUCAAGGCUUACAACAUGAAAAAAAUACAUAACUGAAACAUAACAAAAGUAGUCGAUUAAUGAAGCAUUUAAAAUACACAACCAAACGGAACAAUUUUCAUGUAUCUCAUAAGAUCCAAAACAAAGAUACAAAAAACCACAGCAUCAACAACAACCUCAUCCCCUGGAACAACACCGCAACCCAACUGUCUGUUCAGCAGCCUCAGCUUUUGUAGCUUCAGUCAUUUAGGGCCCUGCUGUCCCAGGCCAGGUGGGGAAAGGCCUGCAAGACAGGGAGCAGUUCUUCCAAGACAGCCAGUAUGGUGGUUUUUUUCCUCCAGCCCCUCUUGACCUUUGUUUGCAUUAUGGAGUGAGAAGAGGGUGAUUUUUCACCGUUAUUGGCCAAAAUAAGCAGCAUUUGGUGUCAGUCAUUCUGAGUAAUAACUCGGAUAGCAACCAGCCAGCUCUUGUGUGCUCAGGCUCUCUCGAGAACAAUUCUCAGGACAGCUGUUUUUAUUUCCAGAGUAGGCCCUCUGUAUGAAACAGACAGCUCCCCUCCUAGCUGAGCACAGGCAUGGGUAGAUAUAUUUGUGUGGACAUCAGAGAGAUUCCGGUUUUGCUUCCUUUGAACUGUACUUUGAGCUAAGAAGGGCAGGCGCCAGUUGUGCUUCCCACUGUUCAACUAGCGAUGGUUACAACUGCAAGGCAGACCCCGCUGUGCUCCCAUCAAAACACCCACCCCUUGCAGCGCACUUGAGCAUAUGUGGAAAAUUCCUAGAUUUGACUGAGCCAGAACGGAAAGAUAAGUUUUGUGUAAAGGAUUUUAACUAGCUAUUCAUUGCUGGAAUCUAAUUCUCAUAAAGAAACAUAGCAAGGCAUUUCAUAAAUUCACUUUGUGCAACUGCUGAGCUUUGAAAAAUAGGCCAACUGUGUGGAAUGGAAUACAGUGCAGAUUAGCAUCUGGGUUCCUAUAAAGCAGAGAUUGGGAAUCCAUGGCUCCCCAGAUGAAGAUAGAUUCCCAUCAGCCAACAGCAGGUAUGGCCAGAAAUGAUUGGAGUUGUAGCGCGGUGACAUCAGGGUGGGGCAGAGUUUCUCCUGCUAUAUAGGUAUGAGUUUAAAGAGUCAAAACAUGAUUGGAUCUCAUAGCACUUUCACUUUAAUUUAUCUAGGGUUGUUUAUGACUUCAUGACUACUACAACCACCAUGGAAAUACCCUAAAGGGUCUCUUAUUUAUUUAUUAAAUAAGAAGAGGGGGAGGAAGUGUUCCAUUGUGCAAGCAGAAAUUCUUGCACUCGUGAAAGCACUUCAUCAGAUACUGCCCCAUUUUUGUUCUUUUGUACUUUCUGGUGGGUUUUUUAAUCUAUCUGUGUUUGUUUUCUUUUUCGCCUUUGUUGCUAAAGAGAGUACUUAAUUUUUUUCAAAAACGAAAUAUAUUUUUGUGUGUCUGGAUCAGAGCCCAUUUUAUUGCUAUGACCAAGUAUUUAACGAUAUUACAAAAUACCAUUUUAUCUUCUGCAGCUUUUACCUUUGAUUUCAGGAGAAUGUCUGCAGCCACAGAAAUGCCAUUUAAAUACCAGCUGUAUAGAUAUAAUAUGAACACUUGUGAUUUAAUUACCCAUAAACGUACGUUGGAGCCUACAUUAGGAGAGUCUUUAAAUGGCUAUAGAGGUAGUGAGAGUUAAUGGAAAAUCUAGACACAGUGAGUCCAUUAUGCCCAAAGAAUCGGGGAGGGGAAAACAAUUUUGAAUAAUUGCAUUUUCGGUUGAUUUGUUUUUAUAAGUCUUCUCCAUGCCAUUCUUUCAAAGUAAUCUCCACCCCACUCUGAGGAGCAGGCAAUUUUUAAUUUGCAGAGUGGAUAGCUUUUAACCGGUUAUUUUAUUCUGGUGGUGUUUUAUGUAAGAUAUUAAUUGCAUAAAGUCUAUUGUGAUGUGCAACUCUAAUUUCGGCUAAUUUUAUUACCCUGAAAAAAAGAAAUUCUUGUUAGAAUUUAAUCUGAUCUUAUGUUUGCAGGGGAAUGAAAUAUGUGCAGUAACAGCAGAGUGUCUGAUGAGAGAGCAUGGUGGCAGCUGCUCUCCUUAAAUUAUUGCUGUGCAUUUCUGAUGGUGAAAAUCCUCUGCAGUAAGACCCCAGCCUUUCCCAGUGGUGGCCAAGUUCUAGCUCCUGAGCCCUUCGGGGGCUCUUUAAAAGAUCUGAACGUUGUCAACAGUUCAACAAUGUAAAUGGGUGAAAAGGGGGCGGGGACCCGCAUGUGAACAAGGUUGACAUUCUUCCCACCUUUCUAAUCCCCAUCUUCCCAGCAGAUGAAGGAUUAGUUUGGUAGGACAGGAUAGUGAAACCUUGAGAAUCAUAGGGCAGGGUUAGGUAGGGGCAAAUUUUUAGCUUCAGGCUAACUUGGGUAGGGUGAAGAAGAAGUGAAGUGGGGUUAGGGUUUUAGAAAGAAAGGACAUGGUGGCAGUUGAGACUAUUAUCCAGUACCUCUUCGAGAUAUAUAUAUUUAAAAUAGAGCUCUGGGUCCUCAUCAUCCAAAGGUGAACAAGCUUUAAUAUCUGUCUUCUUUCAGAGUACUUUUAAGUUGAUAUUUCUACUGUUAGAUAAGCUCUGUCCCUGAAGACAGAGUUUGUGAAACACAGACGCUUACUAGUUUAUCAGAAUGGCUUAUAUUCCCCCUGCUCCUGUCUGUCAGUUGAAACACUUUGGAUAUUCCUUUUUACUUUGUACUAUGCUGAUAUACAGUGGUACCUCGGGUUACAGACUCCGCUAACUCAGAAAUAGUAUCUUGGGUUAAGAACUUUACCUCAGGAAAUUGAAAGAAAGAACAGAAAUUGCAUGGUGGCGGUGCAGCAGCAGCGGGAGGCCCCAUUGGCUAAAGUGGUACCUCAGGUUAAGAACAGUUUCAGGUUAAGAACAGACCUCCAGAAUGAAUUGAGUUCUUAACGCGAGGUACCACUGUAUUCCUUUCAACUUUCAUUGCACACUAAGAGGUGACUUGUAUUUUCUUUAGGUGUGCAGUAUCUUCCUGCAGAAGUGCUUGAAAAUAUUGGAUGGUUUGAACGAUGGUUCCAGGCUUCAUAAACCAUAAUGUGAUCCUGACUUACUUUCCUGGUUUAUUAACCAACAUUAAGCCAGACUUCCUGGUUCAAGUGCAAUGGGGAACUCUGGCUUAAUACAAGCCAGAAGCUGAUGCAUGAUGGGAUUGAGGGGAGGAGCGCUUGGCCCUGAUGCUUAUUUCUGGCUUCAUAAACCGUGGAAUGAUUGCCCAAAGCAGGCCACUACAUGGGCAAUUGCAUCUGCAUAGGAUUUAUAGAAGAAACAUUGUUUUGCCCCGAACACUCAGCAGAAGCUAAAUUGUGUCCAUGCUGAUGGGUGCUUGUGAGCUUUGCUGGUCAGGACGCAGGAGAGACAGCAUGCAGGAUAUUCAGGAAGCCAGUUCAUAUUGCAUGCGUGCUUGAUGAAGCCCUAAUUUUUAAAGCAGGGAGGGCCUUUGUAUUGCAGAAAGGCCACCUGAUUAAUUAAUUAAUUAAAUUUGUUAGUUGCUUUAUCUUACCAGGGCAACCCAAAGCAACAUAAAACCAACCAAACAGACUGAGAAACCUCACAGAGAUACUUUAAAACCAAAAAGAAAAAGAAAUACAUUAAAAACACCCUGCCCACUUCUGAAAGGCCACAGAUAAUUAAAUGCCAAAAGCCUGGUUAUAGAGGAAAGAUUUUGCCUGGCACCUAUAUAUAUAUAUAUAUAUAUAUAUAUGAUGCCAGGCGAGCCUCUCUGGCAGGGGUCAGCAACCUUUUUCACCGUCCCUCAGACCAUGUGGUGGGCCAGACUAUAUUUUGAAGAAGAAGAAGAAAAAAGAACAAAUUCCUAUGCCCCACAAAUAACCCAGAGAUGCAUUUUAAAUAAAAGACACAUUCUACUCAUGUAAAAACACAAGGCAGGACCCACAAAUAACCCAGAGAUGCAUUUCAAAUGAAAGGACACGUUCUUCUCAUGUAAAAACACACUGAUUCCCGGACCGUCCGUGGGCCGGAUUGAGAAGGCAAUUGAGCCACAUCUGCCCCACAGGCCUUAGGUUGCCUACACCUGCUCUCUGGGGAGAGCAUUCCACAAAUGAGGAAGCACAGCAAAAAAGGCCUGUUCUUGUUGCCCUUCAGACCUCUUGCGGAGGAGGCACAUGAAGAAGGGCCUCAGAUGCUGGUUGCAGGGUUCAGGUUGGUUUGUAUGGGGUGAGGUGGUAUUGAAUCUGAGUUUGUGGUGGGUUGUUCAUUGUACACAGUCAUCUAUUAAUUUCAGUGCAAGGUGUUUUCUCCAUAAAGUGGCAAACUAAAUUUGGUGUGGGGAGGGGAACGUGCUACAGUGGUGUUUAUUAUCAUUAUUUAUUAAAUUUAUAUACCGCCCUUCAUCCGAAGGUCACAGGGUAGUUUACAGAAUAAAAACACAAAAGGAAAACACAAAAUACAUAACAACAAAAACAAACAAUCCCUUCUCACAAACACAUUUAAAAGGCGAUAGAUAAUGUAAUCAGCCAAAGGUCUGAUUAGAAAGUUACCACCUCCCACAGAUUAGAGCCAAAUAUAUUCUGCUGGCGCCCGGAUCUUGGCACUUUUCUGAUCUGUGCUGCUGAAAGGGAAAAGCCUCCAGGUAAACUCAACCUGUGGAAGUUGGAAGAGCAGAUUUUUCUCAUUCCCUCUUCCGCAGUCUCUCACUAGUGCCUACAAACUCUUCCUUUCCUGGGCACUCUGCCAAGAACCAACAGUGCUGGUUCAAAAUGUAUUGCUCUGGAGAGCCCACUAGGGUGAGCGUUUUGCUGAGAGGCACUUAUCUGCUGGGACUCUGAUGCUUGGACCACAACUAGCAUACUGCUUGCUCAUUGUAAACUGAUGUGCACCAUCUUAGUAUACCUCCAAUUUUUAAAAACAACAACCCAUGUCUUAUCAUUUUAUCCUGCGGCAAGACUUCUAGGCUCAAUUUAGCUCAAUAUUUCUACAAUAGUAACUACAAAAGGGUUGAACUAUAGGAGAUACUCUCUAAUUUUCCGUUAUUUUCAGGUGUCAAGUAGCAGUCAGCUUUGCGUUAAUGAAAUCAAUUACGGUUUUUAUGAAUCAACAGCCGCAGAUUAUCGUAAUAGCACAACUGGCUUUGACAUUGCUAGGCUGUGUUUAGACAAGUUCAUUUAAUUUUAUUAUUCUGCACCGUUGUGCACUUGUACCCGCUUGUGCUUAUUCAGUUGCCCUCGUUUAAUUUUAGGGAGUGUUGAUGGUUGGCCCUCCCGGGACUGGUAAAACCAUGCUAGCAAAGGCUGUCGCUACAGAAUGUGGAACGACUUUCUUCAACGUUUCUUCCUCCACUCUGACAUCGAAGUAUCGAGGCGAGUCUGAAAAGUUAGUUCGCUUGUUGUUUGAAAUGGUAAGCAUUACUGAUGCUCAAGUCUCACAGUUUCUUGUUGUAUAGUGGGCAUCUAAGUCACUCCAACACAUUGGAUAGUAUCCAACUCAGUUUUAUUCAGAGCAAACCCAUUGAAAUGAAUGAACCUAAGUUUGUUGUGCCCAUUGAUUUCAAUGGGUGUACUCAGAAGUCCUAGAACUAUCAUUACUAAUUGGGGUAAGGCUUCUCAGCCACAUUUGCCAACCAUGUUAUACCAACCAGCAACAUUGUGCUACAGAGUGCCUGUAAUAUCCCCAGCUUUUAAAACUAAUGGAAUCUUUUUCCAAAAUGACUCAUUAUGUGUGUGUUGUUUACGUAGGUAGUAUGAAAUCUUUCACAGCUUUCUUUAAUGUUUUGCAUUUAUCAGAGUCAAAGCCUGAUAUUUCUUUAACUUUCUGCCUUCUGAAGUUUUUUUUAUUUCUUAUUCAAAAUGUUUUCUUCUUUGUAUUUCAUCUUUUGCAUUUCCCCCUUUCAUUUUCUGUAGCACUUGUAAUGUGCAGAAUGCUUUCUAAACAGCAUGUUACUCAUCUUUACACAAUUCUUGCGAGGUAGACUGCUUUGAUACCUGCUUUACAAAAGAGGCUCGUUGAUUAACAUGCCUAUGUAAAAUAUAAUGAUUCAAUCACCACAGCCCCAUAACAAAAGGAAAUUGUUUUUGUCUUCUGCGCCUUAGAACGUUGUGUCAGAGCUAUGUCACACAUCUGACUGAUUCACGGUUUGCAAUAUUUUAGAAAUGACUCCAACAGUAACUAGAACUUACGUUGCAGACACACAAACAGGGCCAAAUCUUUCAAGUUUUAUAAGGUGCUAAAAUACUUUAAUUUUUUCAAGAGAUUUGCAAUAAUAAUAAUAAUAAUGAAAAAUUGAGUGGUUUUUUUUGUACAUGUACCAUUUUUAUGUCCAUUCCCCCCUUCUCUCUCUCUCUCUCUCUCUCUCUCUCACACACACACACACAGACGUAACAGUUGGCCAACACCACAGUAGUGAUCUCUACAUCUGCUCUGCUGAAACUUUCCUACCAACAAUGCAGCCCUAUGUCUUUUGUGCUGACAAUUAAAAAACAAGCAAGUGUCUAAGCACCUGGAAUAUUAAUAAAGAUUCAAUAGCACCUUACCAGCUGAGCCAGUGGCUAGGGAGGGCUCAUUUACUCCACUGAAGCCAGAGCCCUCAUAGUCUAUAAUAGGGGCAUCUACUUUGGUGUUCUCCAGAUGUUGUGGGACUCCAACUCCCAUUCGCCCUGUUCAGCAUGGCCAGUGGUCCUAUAACAUUUGGAGGACACCAUGUUGGCCACCUGCUGUCUAUAGCUACAAAGUGUUAAGAAAACUGCUAACCUAACAUUUCCCCCUCUUGUUGAUUCCCUCCCCCUCUUGUUUUUGGAGAUAAAUUGACAAAAACUUUAUUUUUCUAUAUCUGUGUGAUUUAGUCAGAUAUAUUAUUUGCCUUUCUGCAAUCAUGCAAGUGGUUCUAAAAGAAUAUCCCAAACCAGCUUUGAUUUAGCAUUAGAUACAUAGAUGCUCUUCCUAAGGCAGAUGUUGUAAGGUAAGCUAGACAGCACAUCUUUGUCAAAGGGGCAUAGUCAACUAAGCUUUGCUCAGAGUAGACUCAAUGAAAUGAAUGAACAUCACUUAAGGUACAUCUUGAAUAUGAUGGAAUCUCACAAAAACUGAAAUGUUGUGUUUAGUAAAUGUUUUCUUUGUUUUAAGGCCCGAUUUUAUGCACCCACAACCAUUUUCAUUGACGAAAUAGACUCCAUUUGUAGCCGCAGAGGCACCUCUGAUGAACAUGAGGCAAGCCGUCGGGUCAAAUCUGAGUUGCUUGUUCAGAUGGAUGGUAAUGUUUGAUAUCUGCACUGGAGCUUCCCUUCCCUUUUUAUAAAUUGUUUGUAGGCUUGUUUUGGAGAACGUGUGCAGCUGGUUAAAAAGCAGCAUAUUUACCAACAUGUCCUGAAAUGUUCUUGUUUUAUGCUGUCCACCUUUUGCUGGGCAUGGUCAAAGAACACAUGAUGCAGCCACCUUGCUGAAGCUAAGCUGUUCUGGGUCUGCCUGGGGGACCACAAAAGCUGCUUGGAGUUCUGUCAUAGAUGAAAUGUGAAAUGUAAAUGUAAUACAAACAAAGAGCAUGGCAUAAUCACUCAAGUUUUAUGCUCAUUUUUCUUUACAAAGACCACUUAAAAUGCAUUUUCCCAAUUAAGUGGCAAAUUAUAUAUAUAUAAUUUCUGUUCUUAAGACUGUUCCCAGGGUACUUAAUAAAGAUGAUUAAAUAUAAGAAUAAAAAAUAAUAUAUUACAAUAUACAAGACACGGGAGAUUAAUAAUCACCAUUUUUUGGUUUUGUUUUAUAGUAAUUAGCAGCCCUUUGUCACUACUUUGAAAACUGGCAAAGAGUUGCUGUGGGAAAUAAACCCUUCUGCCCAUCCCAUUUCCUGGCCAUCUAAAUGCUUACUUACCCUCCAAUGCUGUUUGGGUGUGUUUUUCUGAGCAUCAUCAAUUUCCUUCUGUGGACUGGGUUACUUUGUUGUGCUUUGUGGAAGCAAAUACUGUGGAACCUCGGUUGUUAAACGUCUCCGUUGACUAACGUUUCGGCUUUCAAAUGCCCAAAACCUGGAAGUAACUGCUUCAGUUUUUGAACGCUUUUCGGAAGCCGAACAUGCCACACGGCUUCCAUUUUGGGUUUCCCUAUUAUAUUGAGGCUACAGUUUUCAGUUUUCGAACGUUUCGGAAGUCAAAUGGUCUUCCAGAACGAAUUACAUUCAAAAACUGAGGUUCCACUGAACAUGGUUUGGUAUUGGGACUUAUACACCGCCUCUGUUCUGUACUCAUCAUAUUGUGCCUUGGCAAGUCCUCCCUCCCCCUGUCACCUGUUAUGGUGCUGCCCACAAUCGGUUCUUAGAUUUCUCUGUGCACCCCUGGGCUCCAAAAAGUUUGGGGCCUUAACCUCUUCAUUUCAUGGUUUUAGGCUGGUGUUCUUUAGUUGAGGAGGAUUUAAUGGCUCCCCUGUGUAAUGUAUUCUGAGCUGGAAUCUCUGCUUAACUUUUGUUGCACUAGUUUUAUAGGAUCUCUGUGUUAUAUAAACUAGCUUUAUUGGAACUGUGAUUUUAAUUGUUUGGUGGUUUUGUUUCUUUGAAGUAUAGGAUAAGCUCAGCUCUUGGAUGUCUGAAAAAUCUAAUAAAUAAUACAAAUGGUACCCUGUUGUCUGCUAUGUCUUUUGUUGAUGUAGGAGUAGGCGGGGCUCUGGAAAACGACGACCCUUCGAGAAUGGUGCUGGUGCUGGCUGCUACAAAUUUUCCCUGGGACAUUGACGAAGCUUUGAGAAGGAGGCUGGAGAAAAGGAUCUAUAUACCAUUGCCAACAGGUGGGAAGGCCAUAAUAUUUUCUGUCCAGAUUCACUUUUCUUACAUUUUGUUAUUUGAAGAAUUCAUUUGACACUUCGGUUGCAAACAUUUGCUUGCAUUUUCAGCAGCUAAUAACUUGCCAGUGCUCUCUCCCUCACUCCCUUUCCCCUUAAGGGUUGAGAUUGGAGAAUGAAAGUAUUGCAGUAUUCCAUUGCAGACCCGGUGAGAGAGAUGCUAAUGAGCUUGGACUUAUUUUGAAUGUUUAACAGUCCUUGAUUGAGCAUCAAAGGCCGCCUUCAGACAUCUUUUGAGGAAAUAGUGCCAGUGCAUUUCCAUGCACUUGCAGAGAAGCGGAUCCAUGAAUUUUCACUCUCAGGCUGGCGCUGCUGUAAAUCAACUCUCGCCUGACCUUUACGACUAGAUUUCCAGCCGUUCAGAUCGUAGCAUGCUGAUUGUUCCCCUGCCUGAGGAUGCCAUAUCGUAUAUUGCUUCUCCUUGGCUGUCAGUCAUAUAUGCUAUUAAUUUCAAGAUCCUUUAUCAUUUUAGCUUUAUAAAGUGGCAUCUUCUCUUCAUACACUGGGAUGCCUGCUUGCCUCCAUGACCCUCGAUAUAACAGAAUAGAAGUACAGUGUGGCUGUAAACUCUUAAGGGUUGAAACAACAUAUUGGAGCACAGCAUGGGGCUGCUGGCAAUAAUAGCAUCUCUAGCAUACAUUCUUCCCCUCUCCCCUUGUGAGGUUGAGGUUGACUUAAUAUAUCAUGAUGACAUUGGUGUGAGUUUCCCUACUCCACACCUUCGGUUUCUGCUGGUAGGAUGGGAGAAGCACCACCGUGUGAUGUCUUGAUACAUGAGAAGCGAUCCAAAAGGUUACAGAGGAGAGGGGAAAUGCUUAACCUAGAGAUUUAAUUUUGCUGUGUCAACUUCAUGUUGUAUGUAAUGUGUGGUGUGGUGUCUAGAGUGUUGGACUGUCAUCAGGGAGUCUCUGGUUCACAUCUUCACAUAGCCAUGAAUUCACCUGGUGAGCUUGGACCAGUCAGUCUCUCGACUUUACUUUCCAAGGCUGUUGUCAGGAUAAAAUAGCUGACAAUGGUUGGGGGAGAACCAUGCAUGCUACCUUGAGCUCGUUGGAGAAAAGACUGACUACACACAUUCAAGAAAUACUAAUAGUUCCAGCCUAUAAUGGGAGCCCUGACUUUAUGGCUGAUUGGGGUAUUACAUAUGAUUUAAAUUGCCUUGCAGAUCUCUAUCAUGUUAUUGAUCUAAACUUAUUGCUAAUGCAAAAGAGAAGAUGAAAGGCAGACAUUUGUUUGCAUUUAUGGUUUUAAUCAUUUGAAGCCAUAAUUGCUUUCAGCCCUGUUGGCGGGGCGGGGGAAGUACCUCAUCUGAAGUUCUACCACGUUAUUGGUUCUGGCUUCUAUCUGUGCAGUGCAGAAUGGGCACCUUGCUAAGGUGUGUCUACUUCUCUUCUCCGCAGAGACAAGGAUACAGUGCCCCUUCCAGAUUGCCACUAUUUUGUGAAUGGGAUUCAGUCACACCAGCAAAUUUAGGUUGUGCAGUUAAAGUGGGUUUGGCUGUCUUGCAUAAUGAACACACUUUUAAAAAUAAGACUUUUUGUAGGAAGCUAAUUGAUGAAAAAUUGCACUGAAAAGUGUAGGAUAACAACGGCUUGAUCUGACAUCUUAUAGCAUCCCCACCUUUUGCAAACAGAUCAUGAAGAAUGUUCAAUAAACAGGUCAUCUGGAAGAGACUAGUGUUGGAAAAAACAUGGAAAAAUAAUUUCCACUGUUGCUGUUUUAGGUACUCUGCAAAGUUACCCAUGGUGAGACAUGCAUGCAGAAUCUUAUUAAAAGAUCAGUUAUUAUUCUGUGUUUUUUGAGACCACUAUUUUUAACUGUCAACACAGUACAGAACUCCCAGCUACAAUGUGUACAUGGAAUGUUUUUAUACCAGUACAGUAUAGCUUGCCAAAGGCACAUUGUGAUGGGUGGGAAGCUUGUGUAUUUUAUAUUUUUGAUGUUUAUACUAUGCCAUCAGUGUUCAUUGUGCCUUACAGCACCAUACAGGCAAAUUGGGCAUCUCUCUGCUCAGAAAGAGCUUGCACUCGAAAACUAACAACGAGGGGAAAGGGAAAGGAGAGAAGAAUGUGGGCAAAGGCCAAUGCAUGUACUUAAUUAAAUUAAAUUAAAAAGAAACAUUGUUCAACUGAAACCCCUGGGUCACUUAUAUCACCAGGGCAAUCAUUUUCAUUAUCUAAAACUUGUUCAGGGGUCCCUCCUCAGCAGCUGGGGCAAACACUCUUUAAUAGGGAGGGUGUUAAAUUCAGAAACUGAAGAUAAUACAACAAAAUCUAUUGGACAGAGGGAAAGGAGGGAUCUCUGUGUGUUUGACAGGGGAGAGGGAAGGAAUCCACCCAUCCUUAUUUAGAGUGUAUCCGUUCCACUUGGCUUCCCCCAUUGUGUAACCACUUCCUUUUUCUCAUAAUUAAAAUGAUCCUUCCCUUCCUAUUUUUCUGUUUGUCUAAAAAGAAAGUGAAAAAGGAUCAACCUGGUUUAAUAGUAACUUAAUAACUUAACUAAAUAAUUUAUUUAAUGCCGAUUGCUUUAACAAAUGCUGUUAGCUAAAUAGGACUAACAUUUAGGGUGUUUUCUGCUGAGUUGUCUCUUUCUACAGCUUCUUAUUGUCCUGUUGUCUUGUAGACCAAUAGAACAACGUGCUUCCAUGGUCUCCUGUGAGAUGCUCAGUGCAACACCAAGUUUGCACUUAGCAUCACACCUUUCAUGUUGUCAAGGCAUGGGCCAAGGUGCUGCCUUAGGUGGCCUUGCCCUUUCAUACCUGGGGGAAGAAGGGGGGUCAGCAGGGGGUGGGGGAGAGGGCCCAACAAAACUUCAGUCUCCAGCAACUCCCCCCAAACUACGCUAAAGUUUGGUUUCAGCUAGGCAUUAGCAAAGGCUGCACAGAAAAGGUGGUUUUGAGAAAUUGUUGACACUUGAUACAAGGUUUGCUGAAAAAACUUGGGUAGGAUAGGGUAGAGAGUGCAUGUUUAUGGAUGUAUGCAUAUCUAUGGAUGUUUUCAUAGUUAAUGGCAAAAUGGCUGUUGGAAAUUGUGCACUCUCUCGCUCUCUCUCUGUCUGUGUGUACACACACACUCUGCUUCAUACAGAAUUCACUAAAAUUAUAUAAUUGAUUCUCUUUUAAAAUGCACGUUUUGCAGUUAAUACAGUGGCAGUGUCUUUAACAUUCAAGAGUCGUCACCAGUGAAAUUGCUUCCGGGCUGCUUUUGCUUAGUAAUCCCCACCCCCCAUAAAACUAAAUUACAGGGUUAAGUGUUGAAUAUCUACAUGUUUGCAAGCCCUGCUCUGAUCAAACAACUUUUAUUUUUGCAGCAAAAGGCCGAGCAGAGCUGCUUAAGAUUAAUCUUCGGGAAGUAGAACUGGAUCCUGACAUCAGCCUGGAAGAAAUUGCUGAGAAGAUCGAAGGCUACUCUGGUGCUGACAUCACUAAUGUUUGCAGGUAUCCUAUUUCCUGGGUUUGCAAGCUAAAGAAAAAUGGAAUUGCUAGGCAGACUACACAUACUGAAUGCUUUUUUGAGUACAUUGCUGACGACUCAAUCUUUUGCCUUUACGUCAGUGCUUUUAAAAUUCUCCUUCCCUGGAAACCCUUUCUGCAUCAAAUAGUUUGCUGAGGAACCAGCACGAAGCCCAGAGUGUUGCAUAAGAUCUUGGAACCGUUUGGCGGGCCAUACACUCAGUUCACACAGAAGGCAGAUUAGGUUUCUUAGGUCUUACUGUUGUUCCUUGUGAACUGAUAACCCGAAAAGACAUGUAUUGCAGGGGAAGCUUGUUUGCCACUAUGGAUCUUCUCAUUGAAGGACCCUUAAUAGGUGUCUGAGGAAUGUAAGUUUCUCCUCGCACUAGAACUCAGGGUAUUUCCAAUGAUCAAGGGAAUGGAGCAACCAGUGGCGUCACAAUGGGGGGCGGUAAACCCCGGGUUCCAUGCCUGUGGGGGUGACAAGAAGUCACCCUGCGGGGGCUCGUGGCGGCACGAGCAGCUAUCGCGCCACCACAGCCGCUUUUGGAGGUUCCUCCAUUCAUGGCUGGAGCCGCGAGCAGAGGAUCCUGGCACUGGCAGCAAACCGCUAAGUACAGCGCAUGUGCAGCGUCGCACGCAUGUGCAGCGUCGCAUGCAUAUGCGCUGUACGUAGCGACGCCGCACAUGCGCUGUAUAGCUGUUAGCCGCCAGCGGCAUACGGAUGGUGCUGGGAUCCUCCGUUUGCGACUGUAGCGGCCCCAGAGGGAUCCUGGCACCGUCCAUACGGCGCUGGAGUGCUGGCGGCAAACCGCUAUACAAUGCAUGUGCGGCAUCGCUACGUACGGCGCAUGUGUUGUACGUAGCGAUGCCACACAUGCGCCCUACAUCGUGACGCCUGCCCCGGGUGUCACGACUCCUUCCUUUGCCCCUGGGAGCAACUCCCCUGUAAGGGUUGCAGCAUUGGGGGCUUUUUAGUUUAGAGAAAAGACAAGUAACAGGUGACAUGAUGGAAGUUAAUAAAAUUACACAUGGCAUGGAGGAAGCCGGUAGAGAAAAGGUUUUCUCCCUCUCAUAACACUAGCGCUCAUGGACAUUCAGUAAAGCUGGAUGCUGGGAGAUUUGGCACAUGCAAAAGAGUAGUUCAUGAACUGAACAAUUGCCUCAGCAUCUCCAUAAAUCCUUGCAAAAAGGGGCGGGUGGGUCCUUUUUAUCGUUUUAAUUAUCCUCUGCACAUUUACCAGAUGCCUUAGUGGAUUUCCGUUCCAAAGUGUUGUUUUAUGUUACGUUAAUGUUGGGGGUGUUGGAGAUGUGCAAGCUUGUUUCGCCACAGGGGAACGCUGAGAUAGCUAAGAAUAAAUGCUUCUGCAUUUCUGCUAGAGGCCUGCAACACAAGAGAGGUAAUCAAAAUCCAUAUAGUUCCUAGCACACGGUGUUAGUAAUUAGUUCUUGCGAAUUUUCCUUUGCAGGGAUGCUUCUUUGAUGGCAAUGAGGCGGCGCAUUAAUGGCUUAUCCCCAGAAGAGAUCCGUGCGUUAUCUAAAGAAGAGCUUCAGAUGCCUGUUACCAAGGGAGACUUUGACCUGGCUCUGAAGAAAAUCUCCAAGUCUGUUUCAGCGGCAGACCUGGAGAAAUAUGAGAAGUGGAUGUCAGAAUUUGGAUCUGCUUAACAGACAUCAUCUCACAAAGGAUUUUAGCUUUUCAGUUAUAAAAUAUUACAAAGACUUAGAAAUAUUUUAAGGCUUGAGUUUUUCCUAUGGACAAGGACCCUUUUAAACUUUUUUUGCACUUUAAAGGGAACAAAAUAAAAUGAUACACAAUGAAAUCAUGGUAUUUCAUGGAUGAAUACUAAAAGCUGUAAAUGUAGCAAGGGAAUCCUAUGUGGUUUUGGUUGUCUGCACUUUUUUUUAACACUAGUUCCCAGUGUCCUGAUUUUCACGUUCUAGUCUUUCCUGGCUUUUAUCUGCCAAUCAGAUAUAGGACUCUGCAGGAAAAAGUUGACAAAACUUACUGUUCUGUACUCUUGUUGUUGGGUCAUAUUGUCUGUCUAGUUAGAACCUGAUUCCUUGAACGUAGGACUGGCAUUUUUAUUCUAUGCCUCUCCCCCUCUGUUUAGAGAGCUCAUCAGUAUGAUCUAAGUUGAAAAUACCGAGAUCACUUUACACUGCAGUCACGUUGUCAUGGCUACAGCCGUAUUUGCUAGAACACUAAUAAUCAUAUAAAAUGUGAAAGGGAGGUGCAUACCUCCAAAAUAUACAGUGUGGCCAGUUACAGCUCUUUGCCAUCUUUUGCUCCCAGCUCUGAAGAAAUGCACAUGUACUUUUCUCUCCUCUUGUGUUCGCUGCAGCCGGCACCAGGGGAAGUGCAGUGAAUGCAAUCGCUGCUUAAAGCGUGGAACAGCCCGUCGUAGAAAUCAUGUUGUAUCACAACCUUGAUGUUUGAAAUCUCAGGGCCAAUAUUGCUGUUGUUUCAGUUUUACACUUGUGUCAAUCUAUGGAUUUCGCUGGAUCUACUGCUGUCUUUGAUUUCUCAUUGUAUACCACUGUAAGCAAAGUUUUCUUGAUAUGCUUCGGCCUGGUAAGGGCAGAUAAAUUCCAGAGGUUAUAGUGGCUUAACUCUCCAGAGUAGGUCAUGUUAAAUGAGUGUACAUCUUGCACUUCUUCAUGCUUUAGACCAGCCUUUUUCUAAUUGGCUUUGUUAGUGCCAUUUGCACCUUUGCAGUAUAAGAUACCAAGGUGGAACACUUGUGGAAACUAAACUUGAAGAUAUAGAGCCGUCAUCCUUGAUAUCCAGGAAUAAUCUCUCCUCCUCCCCCACCCCACCCUUAUUUCUGGUGCUUUCUAGCAUUUACACUUACUUUUGCAUAUUUCAGCUGUUUUUUCAGAUAUGACAAAUUGGUUCUUAUCUCUGCAUAAUAUUACCAAGGGUCCACGGACAUGAAAAGAGGCACACAACAGUGGCUUGUUCUUUGGGACCCUUCAAAAAUAAUGUAUAGCUCACUUCUUGAACUUGUUUUGGGUGUAAGUGUGUGGAACUCGUUAUCAAAAGUUAUGUAUUUGGAGAUGAAUGUUUAUGAUCAGAACUGCAAUUGAAUCUGGCUGUAGCAGAGUUACAUGAAUCACCUAAACCUAAGGCAAGGUUUCCAGUUUAGAAAACAAAACAGGAAUGUCAUGUAAAUCGGUCUUAGACAUCUUGAAAUGAUCAAUAGGCAUUUCCAAGCCACCUGUUCAUUUGGCAACUCAUCCAAAAUAAUUUGCAUUUCUGCUGUGCUUGGAAAUUUCCCUCCAUUCCUUAUCCCUGUACAUCUCCUAAAUUUGCUCUAGAUUAAGGUAGGAAAAAAACCCAGAACAGAUUUAGGGGUCACACAGAGAAGUUCUAUGGUGUAGAUAAGAGUUCUUGCACUGGCAGAACUGUUCAGUUGGAUAUUGCUCUCUGACACCAGUGAGUCACCUGGGAGUAGAGCUACUCCCUGUAUAGAUCUCUACUGGUCUUGCCACCAGCAGCCAUGUUAGACCAAGGACAAGUAUGUUCUAUGCUGUGUGGGUGGCACAGUAAAAAAGAAAGAAUGGUCAAGACAUUGCAUUACCUGGUGUCUUUUCCUGGAGGUGUCUUUCCCCCAGUUCAGUACUGCAGUGCUAAAUCAGCUAUCAGAAAAACUUCCGUCUAGGCCCGGCCUUAGUUUAGUUUCCACCUAGAUCUCCAAGUUACUGACACAACAUCUCAGGGAGCUUUUCCUUCUAAGGGCUCCCUGCGUUGUUACUUAUUCGUUGUAAUAGCCACCUCGUCAGCAUAGCACUUGCUAGACAUGUCCAGAACUACAGAUGUGACUUGGUUCCAUAAGAGAAGCAAGAGUGUUUACGUAGCAGAGUCUCAUCAUACCAUAUGCAGCCAGCUAUAAAGGUUGUGUUGCGUUUCUUUACUUUGUUUUAACAUAGAAGAUGAUGUAUUGGGUCAAGACUGUGAAUGAUGCACUGUGUUCAUCUCCAACAAAAGGCAGCUCUACUUUGGGGAAAAUAAUAAUAAAUGUCCUAAUGGUGA